AGUAAUUCCUGUCGACGGUGUUCGAGUUGCCAACGUUCACCAUCUCGGAUAGACAUCUGUCGUGGACCGCCGUUUCGUGGCGCUGGACGCUGAUUGUACCAUAAGUGCUAUAUACCCGCCUCACCGUAGGAUCAUCAAGGCCAUCCAAAAAUAACAGCAAAUCAGUUCCAUUUCACACGAGCUGUGGGACUACGAACACAGUUACCGCCUCUUUUCACCUCCAUAGUUACAGAGAGCAGUCAUGCUGCACGCACUCCUACUUCUAGUGGCAACGCUCAGCGGGCUAGCGUGUGCCCAGCUGGAUCCUCCUAGUACUUUCCCCCACGAUUAUCCUGGAAAACCCCCUGGCGGUUUCGGUCCCAAUUGGCAACAAUAUUUCCAAGUUACUGAACAGCUCCCUAACGUCUCAUUCCCACUAAGCCGCAACUGGGCGGGAAACAUUCCGGUGAACAGGCCGAACCACCCUAACGACACUCUAUUCUUCUGGGCGUUCGAGAAGGAGAAUGGAUCUCUGACUGCGAAUGCUGGCGAACGGAGCAAUGAGCCGUGGGGUAUAUGGUUGAACGGUGGGCCUGGAUCGUCGAGUAUGGUUGGAUUGCUGUUCGAGAAUGGACCUUUGCAUAUUGCCAACGACUUUUCGCUCUUUGCGAAUAAUUGGAGCUGGAGUGGUUUGGCGGAUUACAUUUGGAUCGAUCAACCAGUUGGAACAGGAUGGUCUACCGCUGAUAGCGAUGGCUAUGUUGCUGACGAAGAUCAGAUGGGUGAAGAUUUCUUUGGCUUCCUCACCAACCUCGUCGAGGUCUUCCCAAGUCUGAAGACUAGGCCAUUAUAUAUUACUGGCGAGAGUUAUGCAGGGACCUAUAUACCGUACAUUACGAAGACGUACUUCGGUCUCUCCAACCCGCCUGUCAAGCUAGCCAAAGUUGCUAUUGGCGAUGGAACAGUCGGAUCGGCUCAAGUGUUUGAGGAGUUGCCCACAUUGAGUGUUAUCGAAACAUACCCCCAGCUCAUCGGGUACGAUCAAGAUGUGUAUAACUACUUCAAAGAACAAGCUCAUUCGUGUGGUUACGACCUCAACCUAACCUACCCACAGAAUGGCCAUUUCCCUACCCUCCUCCCACCGGGCACUAACGGAGACCUUGCCUUCACCAAGAAACAGCUCUAUACCAAAAAUGCGCUUCAAUCUGAAGCCAAGGCACGUCUUGCGCAAAACAAAGCGGAAGUUCUUGCUAUCGACAAACUCCGAAAACGUGACGAGUGGCUAAAGGAGAAAAGGGACCUGACUGGACGACCGAAUGGCACUAUCGACCCUUGGUAUAAAUGUCUGCUAUACGAGGAGAUGAUUGACUACGCAUUGAAUUUCUCCGUGCCUUGGUCUCUCGGUGAUGACGAGAAGCUUGGCCUGAACUUCGAUGUGUAUGACGUUCCUGAUGCACUGAGUCCUGAAGCACCAAUGGAUGCUACUGUAUUCCUCAACAACAAUGCAACGCGAGCAGCAAUUCACGCUCCGACUAGCAAGGUUUGGGCAGAGAGUAUCCGCUACCCUUUCGGUAACAGCGUUCAUGGAGGGGACCCAAGUGUGGAACCUAUGGUAUUCCUUGAUGAGCUUGCAAGCAAUGCAUCCAGCCACAAUGUAGGUCUUAUUUUCUAUUCAGGAAACGAUGAUUCCCUUGUAGCCCAUCGCGGUACGGAAGUCGUAAUCCAGAACACGACAUUCGGCGGUGUACAAGGUUUCUCGAGAAAGCCGUCUACACCUUGGUUCAAUGACAGAGGAGAAUUUGCCGGCAUUGUACAUCAAGAACGUAACUUGUCAUUCGUUCUCUUCAGCGGUUCGGGACACCUCGUUCCCCAGCUACAACCAGAGAACGCAUACAUAUUCGCCCGUGAAUUCGUCCUUGGAAACAACCAGACAGGUUUCUUUGACGGAUCAAAUUCCGUUGUAGGUGGCGAAGUCACGAGCCUCUACGUUAACAACAUCCUUCCCGGACAACCAGGUAUCUUCGUCGGCUCAGCAACUACGGAAUCUGCGUUCACCUAUCCUUCGGCGACAAUUGCCGCGUGGCAAUCGUUCACUCAGACUGCGAUUCCUGCAGCCCAGGCCACAGGCUCGUCGCAACAGAAUAGUGCUGGGGUUCAGACGGUUAUUACGUUCUGGUGUUGGACGGAGAAGUUGGUUGGGCUUUGGACUGCAGUUUGGCUUGCGGUGGCUACGUUGAUGUGAAUGCAGGAAGUAGAAGUGGAAUGUUGUAUUUCUCUUUGUCUCGUAUACGUAGCUGCACCCUGGGACAUUGCAUGGUUUUCUGUAAUCAAUAUUUGUACUUUGGCAUUUCUACCUUCUCUUCAGGGUCUUCAUUCUGGGCGCUCAUGAUACAUGAUUGCCCUCCCAGUCUUUGAUGUAUUCUGACAAGAACAUAGAUCUAGACAACCUUUAGCUAUCCACCUUUACCAACACAUGUCACCAUACGAAGUUAUACAGUACGCUUCGUCUUUGACUGG